AUUACGAAAACCCUUAAUUCUUUUUUUUUUUUUAAUUUACAAUUCUUAACAACACUCAGCUUUACCCUUUAUCAAUCGCAGUGUCAACUGAUCGGAAACAGCAGGCGGAGUUGUUCUUCGGCCAUCAGAAACAAAGAAAUUCGUCCAGGAAAACAAUGGCAUGGAGAGGACAUCUUUCAAAGAACAUAAAAGAGCUUCGGUUUUUGAUGUGUCAGACAUCACCUGCAAGCUCAUCUGCAAGGGAAUUUGUUGAAAAGAAUUACAAGGAGCUAAAGACAUUGAACCCAAAAUUGCCAAUAUUGAUACGUGAAUGCAGUGGAGUUGAACCCCAAUUAUGGGCAAGAUAUGAUUUGGGCGUUGAAAAAGGCAUUAAACUGGAAGGCAUGACAGAGCCACAAAUUUCAAAGGUGCUUGAAGAUAUGGUAAAAGCUGGAGAGGCUUUCAAAGCUUGAUAUUAAUCUUUUUGUUCACCCUCUUAAAUGGAAUAAAUGUUGCACUUGUUAUACCAGUGUGGCUCUUGGUCAUUUUAAGAAUGAACCUCUUUUUGAGUUUAAGUUAAAGCUCUCGGUUAUGCAUUGUCAGCACAUUUAACCUAUCUAAGAUAAAAUAUUUUGAGUUAAAAA